AUGCCGACAACUGACAAGGUGGAAGGGAGUCUUAACAAGAAGAUGUGCCCCGAGCUGCAAAGAGAAGUCGACCACGUGGAAAAGGUUGGUGAAGCUGUUAGAGGAAUCAAUGCAACGAUUGGAAAUCGAGAGCUAACCCAUGACAAAGUAUCGGUUGCUCGUGACUGCCCGAAGCCAUGGGUGAAUGCUAGAACCACGAUGCCCAGAGUCAACGAGAUGAGCAGCCAUGGGACCGAAGUCGAGGACGAACCUGAAAAAGAUGAGAAGAAAGCAGUAAUGAGCCACGAACAAGACCAGGAACGCUUCGAAGGCAGAGAGAGACAACAAGACAAGCCACAACCACACCAAGGAGGAGGGCUCGAUAUGAAUGUUGGAAGCGAAAAAGGGAUCCAUGACAAAACGCCUGUAAAAUUUGAGGAAUCUAUGAGGAAAAAAGAUCAAGAAGUCACGAUCAGUAAAAGCGAGCACGUGAGAGAACAAUUGAACAGGAAUGACGAACCACGAUGA